AUGAAACUAGAAGCUCGACCACUUAUUGACAACGUGAUGCCUACGACUAGAGAAAACUGCCAGUGUCCCAAAUGUAUUCAUCCGGAUACGAUGCAGAGGAUAAGCGACACGUUUUCGAUUCCGCAGGAGGUUGAGAUAGAGUCAAUUGAACACAGUGAUAAUAUGGUCGAGAUCAAGUGGUCUGAUAACCACAUGGGGCUUUAUCCGUAUGCUUGGCUUUAUGCACACUCACAGGGCAUAUCUAGCAUUGAAGGAACCAAGUCGGUGCCAUAUCCCCAAUCAGCACAGCGACGUCCCAGGCAGUUUACCCCAGUCGUUGAUCCAGAUCAGAGUCCCAGAGUCAAAUAUGACGAUGUCAUGUCAGCCGAUGAAUCUCUUCAUAUUUGGUUGAGUCACAUUUGGGAUCAGGGAUUCUGUUUUGUAGACGACGUCCCUAUCAACCCAGAGGCAACUCAAUAUCUCAUCGAGCGGAUUGCGUUCAUCAGGAACACUCAUUAUGGCGGCUUUUGGGACUUCACGGCCGAUUUGACUUUUAAAGACACGGCAUACACCAAUGAAUUCCUGGGUGCUCAUACAGACAACACUUAUUUCACAGAUCCUGCAAGACUUCAGCUCUUCCAUCUGCUAUCCCAUACCGAAGGAUCUGGGGGAGAGAAUCUCCUAAUUGAUGGAUUUGCAGCUGCAGAGCAACUACGCCUCGAGAGACCUGAGCAUUAUGCCCAAUUGGUAAACCAUAGGCAGCCGUGGCAUGCAAGCGGGAACGAAGACACCUGCAUCCAACCAUCCGCCAUGUCACCGGUAUUUUCGAUACACCCGGACAUGAAUACAAUGUACCAGAUCCGCUGGAACAACUAUGAUCGUGCACCAAAGACCAAUUGGUCUGCAUCGGAACAGACCACAUGGUACCGCGCUGCGCGCCACUAUAACGAGAUCUUGCAGACCAGAGAAAUGUGGACGAAGCUAAAACCAGGAUCAGCGCUCAUAUUCGAUAACUGGAGGAUGUUACAUGGCCGCGCCCAGUUUACUGGAAAGAGGCGAAUGUGUGGUGGCUACGUCAACAACGAUGACUACAUUUCUCGACUUCGUCUGCUCAAGUUCGGCCGGAAAGAGGUGCUGGACAACUUGGGCAAUGUCAGAGGUAAUCCCCUCAAUCCUUAUUGGUACAUCUAG